AUGUUCAGCCGCCAACCCCCCCCCCCCCCCCACCUUAUCCCUCCCGUUUACGGCUGCACACCUCACGACCCCAUCAUCGGUCGUUGCUUCCUCAGUCGCCGAAGCCAACUCUUCUACGUCGGAAAGAUAGCAGGGCAAUCGGUUGUUGCUGCUGUGAACUGCCGCUGCAGUUCUCUGAUCGGUUAUGUCGCCACCACCUUCCACCUCUGCCUCUGUCGUCAUCUACGGGUGUGCGACGCCGUCACCGGUGCUACUCCAACCACGUUUCUUUCUUCCCCUUCUUCUGUUCGUCGGGUUCGCUUCCAUUCACGGCUAAAGCUCUGUCGCCGUCGACAACGCCGACUGUAG